AUGUCUACCGAGGUCUCGCAGUCACUGGCCGCCGCAAUGUCGAGACCUCAGAUCGGUAUCGACCGCCUGCCCGCCCGCCGCGUCUCGAAUGAGCCGCGAGAGGCCAUGAACUGCAAGAGCUGUCGCAAGCGAAAGAUCAAGUGCAACCGUACACGGCCAACCUGUGAAGCCUGUCAAGUGUUUGCUGUUCCGUGCGUCUACGACGCAGUGCCCAAGAAGAGAGGGCCCAAAACCGAUGUUCUCGAGGCUCUCUUGAAGCGUGUCGACGGCCUGGAAAAGCGCCUUCACUCGGAGGGAAAGAGCGAUGAGCUCGUCGAGGAGCUCUCGUCAGCCAUUCACGACGCCGCCGAGGACUCCAAGGCUACCAAAGCCUCGCCGAACACACGACCGGCUGUCCAAGUAGCUGCAAGCCAUGGCAACGCAAAUCUCGCAAACCAGUCCAUGUCGCCGAGUGAGCCAAGCGUACAAACACCAACCCUCUCACCAGAUCUCCUUCUCGACACCUACUUCGCCAGAAUACACGGAAAGCCCUACCACGUCCUGGACGAGGCGACAACACGGCAGAGGUUACAAGCCAACCAAUUGCCUCCCUAUCUAGCCUACGCCAUCUACGCCGUGAGCGCAAGAUAUGCACCUCAUUUUGGCGGCUACAAUGCCGCAGUCCGCAUUGGCUCAGAGUACUCUAGAAGAGCACGGAUGGAGCUUGAAAUUGAUGAGCCCUCAAUCGAAGCUCUGCAGACGUUGAUGCUACUUGCACAGGCAAGUUUCCAACUAGGAAAAGGCAAAAAGACCUACAUGCUGCUCAAUGCUGCGACAAGCAUGGCAUUUGCCCUUGAUCUCCACCGCGAACUGCCACAGGGCAUGAAGGUCACACCCGCUGAACGAGAAGGCCGACGACGGCUAUUCUGGUCCUGCUACCUCAUGGAUCGAUUCGCAGCUACCGGCUCCAAGCGACCCUCUCUGGUAUCCGACGAAUCGAUUGUACUACGCCUACCGAGUUGGCAGCUGCACCCCGGCGCAAUGCUGUUAGAAGGCGACUACUUCCCCAACGGACAAAACCUGCAAUAUAUGGGUGGCUCUGGAAAGGGAGGACAAGGCAGCAUGGGCAUGCUCAUUGGAAUAGCAAGAAUCCUGGGAAUAACCAACCGCUACCUUGCGGCCGGAGGUGUCAAGGGUGACUCGCACUUUCCGUGGCACUCGCUCUCGAACCUCUCCAAGAUCCGACAGGAGCUUGACAUUUGGGCCUCAGAAACACAAGAUACGUUUACCUCGAUCGAGGCACUGUUUGGUCAGCCCGACAGCACCAUUCUAGUUCUCUCGAAGCUAGUGUAUCAUCUGAUACAUUGCCUGAUUUACCGACCAUUCCUACCGGUUGACCUGGCCGAACUCUCGGGAACCUCACAGCAUCAGCCUUGGCAGAUUGAGGCAACGAAUUUAUGCUUCCUACAUGCUAAUGCGAUCGCUGAACUAGUCGAGAUUGGGAGAGCCUCCUCUAUCAUCGAUUGGCCAGCUUUCGUGGGCUACUGUGUGUGCACAGCUGGUACCAUUCACGUACACGGUGCGCAUUAUCCUGUUCGAGAAGGCGAGGUGUUCUCUGUGAGCGCAGAGUUCCUCUCUCGUGAGAUGCAGCAGCUCUCUGAGCUACGUUUCAUCUGGGCUGGCACACAACAUCAGCGGGAGACCUUGCAGACAAUAUACGGAUGUCACACCGAGCUCGUCACAUCGUUGGCCAGCAAUCCAAUGCGCUUCUCGCCGGUGUUUCAACUCGAGGACUUUUUCGAUAGGUAUCCAGGUCAGAUUUUUGAUGGAUCACAUGUCACAUUUACGGACAUCCAGAUCGAAUCCAUCCACGAAAGCCUUGCGACGUACAGCAUCGAGCAGCGCAACAACAUGUACAUGAGUAGCGGCAUAGUCGGUAAUUCUCACGGUUACCAGCAGCAGCAGCAACCUGCUCGACCACACUAUUCCAACAGUCAGCCCAAUAAGAGACGUCGAGCUACCAUCUCCAAAGCAACACCACAGAUACAAUCGGCACCGCUGCCGACGCCUACGUCCACCACAUAUCCUUCAAAGAUCAAAACUUCACAACCUUCGGAUGCCGGUCUGUCCGACACAACCUCGAAUUCAAGCCCCGGCAACACAAGGGUCAAUGAACCGACGAACCCUUCCCACCCACCUUUUACACCACCACCGAACAGCAGCGCAAUGAGCAUGCCAGGCGCUAGUGGUACCGGCAAUGGCCAGGGUGGUGGUCUCGCCCUUCCAUUCAGCCCGAACUUCUCGUUCUCGCCACUACCACAAUUCGCAAGCCUUGCUCCUUCGCCAGUGCCACGCGCAGCGCACCCCAACCCUUCGAACAAUGAUACCUCAGUAUCACAUUUCGAUCCGAUGCUCAGCAUGCCGACACCGUACGAUCAGCAGCCGACACCUGGCGCUGGUAGCACGUCAGGUGCAUCGGUGCAUACAGAUCCAGAUAGCAAGGAUCCGUUCCUUAGUCUCCUGGAGCAGCUUGCAGAGAAUGAGGUUAGUCGUGGUGGGCCCAGCGAGCUGGACUUCUUUCUGAGUGGGCAGAGUGGGUGA